AUGAAAGGGUUACGGAAAGGUGCAGAGGCUCAUGCAAAGACUUUAAUGAGAGCUGAGCGAGGGUUGAAUAAGAUUAUUCACAAGAAUGCAGUUAUGAUGGAUGCUGAUUCACUGCACUUUGAGGACAAAAUUGCGGCUAACAAUGCAGAGUUAGACAAGGCACGACAUCAUAUACAAGAUCGGGCGGAGGCUAUGAUUAAUGACGCUAAAUUACUUGGUGAUAAAUACAUAGCUAGAGGGGAGCUUAAGAUGAACAGGACUUUACCAAAAGCUAUCUCAACCAGUGAGAGGGAAAUCGAGCAAGUGGGAAAGAAUAUCGAGAAUAAGGUGAAGUCCGAUGAGCGCUACUACACCAGGCUUUUAAAACGUCUCGAUAAUGGUCUGCAUAAGGAAUUUAGACGUGCAUCGAAGAAUGCUGUGGCUGUUGGGAAAGAUGCUAAUAGGAGGUUUGAUGGGGCAUUAGUUGGUUUUGAUAGGGAUGUUAAGGACUUAUCUAAAGGGGGUAUAUUACAUAAUACAAUAGCGAUGAAUAAAGCGAUGCGGGAUGCUGGACGUACAGUGGAAAGGAUAAGUGAUGGUGUAGAAAGGGAGAAGAAGGAUUCUGAUAAUGCUUUAGAGAAGAUGGAUAGUAGUCUAGAAGAAUCCGUAGGUGGAGAAAUACAAUCUAUUGAAUCAUCAUCAAGCAAUGAGAAGGCUCUAUUAUCAAGAAGAGCUGAGAUGGUUAAUACUAACUUGGCUCAAAUAACAGUACAGAAUCAACAAUCGGCAGCUAGGACUGCUGAUAGUUAUUCACAAUUAACUGGUACAUUAGCAGUUAAUAAUGAUAGAGAGAUGGAGCAUCAACAAGGAGUUAUACAUUCUGCUGAAGAAACGAUUGAGGGUGCCGAGAAUGAUGUUGAUAAUGAUAUUAAAGUUAAAGUGGGUGAUAAGGAGAAGUUACUGGUUAAAUCACAAUCAGCGAUGAAGAGUAUGUUGAGUGGAUCGGAAAUGGACUUUGAAAAUGCUAUGACAAAGAGUCAUCAAAAUAUUCAAACUAUUAAGAACACAUUAGAAGGGCGAGUGAAUUCCGAUAAGAAGUUGAAUAAUGAUGAUGUUGUGAGUAUGGAAGAAGAAUCCAAAGGACAAUUGGAUAGAUUAAUAGAAGCCGAAGAUUCAGUACAUGCCUCCAUGGAAGGUUUACCUGAUAUCCAAUCUGUAGUAGGCAAUAGCUAUGAAGGUGCUAAUGAUGUAUUAAAGGAGAUGAAAGGAUUAAAGAAAGAUAUUACAAGUCUAAUGAAUCCACGUAAAGCCUCAGAAGAUAAUAUGAAAUAUGCAGUUAGGGGUCUUCAAUCAUCAGGCAGUGGUGAAUUGAAUACUAUUCAAGGUAUUGAUAGUAUUAACGUGAAUAAGGCCCAGGGGAUAUUACAUGAGUUGGUGGCCAAUUCCAACGAGGAGAUUGAUAAAGAUAUGAAAAACGAAUUAUCUCAUCUAGCUUCUGCUCAUAGUACAUCUAUUAAUAGAAUAAAAGAGAUUCUUGCCAAAUCAGAAGUUGAUGAAGCUAAUCAAGUAGCGACGACAGGGAGGAUGCGUGAUAAUAUAGCUGAUGUUGAGAGAGAUGAGAAAACUGCUAAGGGAAAUUUUGGUAAGAGAAUGUCACACACGAUCGCUCUUGAGCGUGAUAAGAGUAAAAAAGAAUAUCAUCAUCAGCUUAUGAAAUUGGAAGAUGAGGAAAAGAAGGCUCAGGAUUUGUUAUUUAAAUCUGUCCGAGCUGCAACUAGUAACUUAUUAUCGGGUGGUAAAGCUAAUGAAUUGGAGAUAUUACACUCUGUGAAUGGGCUAUUACGGGCAUUAGACGUGGUACAUGGUUCGGAUAUUAAAGAGGAUAAUGCUAUAGCUAAUGCUAAUUCUAAAUAUAAGAAUAUUCUACCUCUGAAUGAUAGGGAGAUAGACGGUAUAGAUAAGGCAAUACAGAAUGAGAAGAUGAGAUUGAAGAAUGAGUUUCAUGCAUCAGAUGUAUCAUUAACAAAAAUAGCUAUGGACAGAUCAAGAAAAGCUAAUAUUACAAUUAAAGAUCUACAAAAGGCGAUUAAAGAGUUGGAAAUUGAAGUAACUCGAUCGAAGGAUACUAUGUUAACAUCAGCACGAGAAGGAACGACUUACAUUGAUAAAUUUAUUGGUAAAUUGCGCGAAAUAAUGAUGGCCGAUGCUGAACUUGAUAAAAAUGAUUAUAGACAAGGGUUAUAUGAUAUGAAUAGGAAAUAUGCCUCACUUUCUAAAUUUACGAAUCAGAGAGGUAAGACGAUUGGUGCAGAUAUGGACAGUUAUGCUAAUUCGUCAUAUAAUCGUCAUGAAGCUCUCGCUAAUACUUUAGCUAGAGUUAUUAAUGAUGCUCAACAGAUGGGAUUAUCAGAAGAGGAAAUGCAAGAAUAUGUUAAGAAGAGACUUGCAGAGGAAGCUAAUAUGACCGAAGAACAAUUUGAACAAAUUCAUGAUACGCUCGAAGGUGAUUUGACGGGAUUCCGUGAUAAAAUGAUAGAAAUGAAGCGGAAGGCUGAUGAUGAGGUUAAUGAUGAGAAUAAUCGUAUUGAUAGAGAUGAUAGCAUCCAGAUGGAUAGAUUAGCUGAUCAUGCUCAAAUGGUUGGAGCACAAGCACUAAAGGCAGGCAAUAUCAUCGGUUAUAACUCUGUAGCAGGAGAACGAAGUUAUAGAAUAAUGAACAAUCAACAAACUAUCACUGGCAAUAGAUUACGGGCUAUGAUGCAUGUCGCUCAAGCUAACAGUGGAUCCCUAAUUGAUGAUAUAGCCGCUGCAAAGGGUGUAUCAACAACAAGGAUAGCAAGUGUUAUGGAUGCUGUGACCUCGUAUAUGAUACUUAUCAAGAGUUUCAUGGAUGAGAUGAAAGCAGAACUAGGAUCAGUGAAAGGUCGAUUAUCUAAUUUACAGGAAGAAUAUGGUGACAAGAUUAACAGGAAUACCAAAGAGUAUAUGAAACCAGCCCUAAUGGCUUCAGAGGCAAUGUCACAAUUCGACAGCUUCCAACGAGAGAGUGAGCCUUUACAAAAUGUAUUCCGAAGUAAGGCAAAAGAGAUGAUGGAUAAUGUUAAAGGAAGUGCUGAUUCAGCCGAGCGAAUAGCUGAUGGAAUAGCAGAUAGAAUUGAUAAAGGAGCUUCAGAUAUUGAGAACAUCCGUCAGAAGGUUCAAGGAUCAUUGGACAGACAUGUCGCUCAAAAGAAACAAAUAUUCGUCCAGCAGCUGUUAAAGAUCGCUGACGAGAGCUCAAAGCCAUUGAAUAUUGUCGUAUAA